UUUUCUUUCUUUUUAAUUUUUAUUUUCGCUUCGUUUUUUUUUUCCCCCCUUUUUGUCUCAUCUCUCUCUGCUCUGUGUUUUUUUUUUGGCUCCUUCGUUGUGUGUGGUCUUUCUCGUCAUCUUUCUUUGCUUCCUUCACCAGCUCGCUCCGUGUUCGCUCCUUUGUGAGCAACCGGCCAUCGUGCGUCUGGGCCGAUCAUUUUCUCUGACUCGAUUUUUAUUUUUUUCGUUCUUUGUCGCUGCUCCACCGCCUUGACCUUCCGCGCCUCUUUGACCACCACCCUCCUGCCUGCGCAUGUCAACCAUGGACUGCACAGUCUUUACUGGGUGCUUCACCGACAGCUCGUGGCUGGAGUUUCUCGUGCAAAACCCGGAUGAACACAACGGCCACUACGUGUUCUGCUCUGCCCAGAAGGGCAACAUUGGCAAAAUGACCCCCCUCCAGCUUGCCCUAUGCUACCAACCAAAGGGUGGAAUCGUCGCAGUGGCCGAGCUUACAGGCGCACCUCGAGCCCGCGCGCUGGGUGAAGCACGCAUCAUCCUACACUUGCCAGAACGCAAGAACGGGAAACGCGGGCGAAAGUCCUCGACGUCGCCGACUGCGUCCUCCCUUCCUGCCCUCCUAACGGAGACCAACGUGUCAUCGUUCUCUGCGAGUGCGGACGCGCUCCUCAGCGGCGACACGAGCUCGGAUAGUUUUGCCUCGACCGGUGGAAGCAGCACGCCCAACCGGAGCCUACAGUACCCGAUGCCCGUGCGUGGAACUCCGGGCGCCGCACUUGUCGCCAUGAGUUCCUUCCAUUCUGUACUGUCCUCGUCUUCGUCUUCGCCACAGCAAUUUUCGUCGCAGCCCGCAGUGCAAUCUUCGAGUCGUUCUCUCGCCACCCCGUCCCCGUCGGUGGGGUCUGUCGAUGCGACCACUCCCGACAAGUACGACUGCAACGCCUUUUACACCAACAUUGCAGCUCUUUAUGUGCUGGAUGCGCCGCUCAACCUGCAGGAGAUGGUUGCGAUUUUCGAACGAUGCCGUACGGAUGGUCGCCCACCCAAUCAAAACGGCAGCUUCAUCGGCAACAUGUUCAAGAAAUCUGGUUACUCGCUUCCCAGACUUCAUCAUGCUUUCGGUCAGGAGAUUGUUGAAGUGGUCCGUGAGCGCUGCAGGAGUGCCGCUGCGCCUGCACCCGACCUUCCUGGCAACUUGCUCGCUUCCAACGAGCACUGCCAGAUUUUCUGGGAAACAGAGCACUCUCGAAGGCAGUGGGUGCAGGGCGUUGCGAACGUCUUGAUUUCGCCACGGCGGUCUGUUGACACGCCAUUCUCUGAUCUGUCGGCUGCAUCCAAUAGCAGCUCACCGCGCGCCAUUCGGCGGUCCCACUCGACUGCAUUUGGCAAUGACGACGAUGCAGACGAACGAAGCGCUGAGGUCUCGCGCCUCCGUAUUUCGCCCCCAUCCGUUGCAAACAGCGACAGCGCGUUCGGUCCGUUUCCCUCUUGGCCCACAGUCCAGCACCCGCUCCCACUCGUGCCGACGCUUCAGUUCCAGCCGCAGCCGCAGCAGCAUCAGCAGCAGCAUCAACAUCAACAACAUCAACAACUGCCGCAGCACGCGCGACAGCGAUCUCAGGACUUGGACCUUUUUGAAUUGGAUCCGAUGAGUCUGUCGCAGGCGUCGUCCUCGGUGGGUACUUCCGAGCAAGUCUUCAUGACCCUUGGUGCUAGGACGAUGCCGAUUGGACUUCCUUCCCGCGCCAAUUCGCUUGGCAUUUCGUCCAGCGAUUUUAAGGUUUUCAUUCGCGAGACGUUUGACCUGAGUGAUGACACGCGCUUCAAAGUGCAAGACGCCUCUGGCGCUUUUACCAUGAUUCCUGAUGGUCUCAUACCGGGCAGGAGCUACACGAUCACUGUCGUGUAACUGGGUAGUUUGGCUAGCAGUCCCUUUUCUGGGUCCCCCGUCCCUUCCCAAACCUUUUCUUAAUUUUUUUCUCUUUCCAGUUAUUGAUUCUUAGAUCUCUUAUUGUUGACUGCGCUCAUCGCCCCCCACCAAACCUUUCACCUUUGAUCCUUUUUCCUUAUGCUUUCUACUUGAUUGUAUUUUGGUUGAAUUUUUUUUUUGAACCAACUCGGUCUGGGUUGCUUGAAUUUUUCUUUUUGCGUGAACAGGCAUUUUCCGCCACAUCUUUUCAUCCUUGUAUACCUUUUCCACACUCCCUCCCCCUUUGUCGUUAAUAUAACACGUUUGCUUGAACA